AGUGUUACUUUGAGCGCCGUGACUAGUACAACCAUGAUUGACGCUGAACCAAGUGCAGCCAAAACUGGCGCAUACAAGUAUGAAGACGGCACGAAGUAUGUAGGGGAAUGGAACUCCAAGGGCCAAAAACACGGAAUGGGACAUCUGGUCCUACCUGAUGGUACCAGAUACGAUGGAUCAUUGAUGAGUGGACUAUGCUCAGGACUUGGCGUUAUGUCGUUUCCUGACGGAGCCAAAUAUGAAGGCGAGUUUAUGCAAGGCUGGUUCCACGGCCAUGGAGUAUUUUGGCGAGCUGAUGGUAUGAAAUUUGAAGGAGAGUUCAGAGGCGGACGAGUAUGGGGACUUGGUCUGGUAACAUUUUGUGAUGGUAGCAACGGUUUCCCCAGGAACGAGGGUUUCUUCCAAGAUUGCAAGAUGGUCCGUCGAAAGAGAUGUUCAGAAGUUGUACAGCGCGCGCAGAAAGUAGCCUACAUGGCUCGUGCACAGUGCCAACAAAUGUAAUCAGAAUAAUAAUAGAUAAAUUAAUAAACAUUUGAAUAAAAAUCAAAUACUUUUGAAUCUAAAGCAGUUGAACUCGUAAGAUAACGAGAAGUCUUGAGGCAGUUUUUCAAGUCUAAAGCUACUAUACUGUUAAGUUUAAGCAAUUUAUUUUUAUUUGGCACUGGUUUCGACUACUUUGCCUACUUUAGCCUGCUCAAGUUCAGUCGCAAACAGUAUUUAUCUGGCGCUGGAUAUAUUUUGUCGUGGGCUGAUCAAUUUAAAUAAAGUAUUGUUAAGUGCCUAUCUCAUACCUAAUCCGCUGUUUUUCAGUAUUUUUUUCUGCUUCACAAAAUUACGAGUUUUAAUAUUUAUUCUGUACAUACAUUUUUAUUGUAUUUUUUUAAUUUUAUCAUUUAUGUUUACCAAAAUUGUCAUAUAUUUUAGAUAAAAGAGCUGGUGACUUAUACCGUAGAUAUAGUAUUAUGUAUGAUGUGCUAAACUUGAAUAAAUA